AUGAAUACACCAUAUAGUCUUGAAUAUUGUCAUACAAAUUUAUUUGCCUUGCAAAGUUUAAAUGAUAUGAAAUGGAAAUGUUUUCGUCGAGCAGUAGAUAAUCAAUCCGGUCGUCUAGACAAUUAUAAAGAUCCAGUUUUAAUUGAAUAUUGGAAUGCUUUACAAAAAGAUACUUUAUGUGCAUGGAGACGAGUACUGACAGAUGAUGGACAAAAAACAGAAAGAGAACUUUGGUUAUUUGGUAUUAACGAAGAUCUUCCUACGAAAUUAGAUAAUUUAAAACCGAUUACUCAUGCACAUGGAGUAUGGAACGACGAUCCAAUGUCGUAUGAUUGUAGAUCAAUGUUAUUUAAAGCAUUGCAUAAUAUGAUUGAAAAAUAUUUAUUAUCAAAAGGUUUUGCUCGAUUGAAUAAAUGGUUUGUUUUACCAGUUAAUGAUCAUUCCGAUGUGAAAGUGCCAAAUUAUUCUUUUAAUUUUAAUUUUUUUCUUCAUGGUGAUAAUAAAGUAUGUGCAAGUGUUGAUGUUCAACGUCAUAAACAUAUAUUUAAUUUAACCAGUAAAGACCUUGAACGAACUUCACCAUCAAACGUUAUUUUGGCACCGUAUGGUAUCAAUGGAACGCUUAUUGGUCAUGUUAGUAGAGAAAUAGAUAUGAAUGCUUUGAGAGAAAAUUGGGAAAAAAAUUAUCCGGUUCGUCAUUUGGAUGGUCUGCCUCUUUUUGUUGAAGUUACAACAGGUAAUGCGCGAAUGUUCUAUCCAACUUGUUAUGUAUAUAAAAUUGGUGCAAGUGAUGAAUCAACUCCAACUAAUGAAAAUACAACAUCGAUUAAUAAAAAAUCGGAUGUAUCAACAAAAAAAACAAAAUCCCGAAUAGCGACAACAGCAACAACUGCUACUUCAACAACAAUAACUAAUACAUCUUUAGAUUCUAUAUCAAAUACAAAUAAAAUUGAAAGUUCGUUGUUAAAAAAAUUUGCAAAUAAUUUAUUAAUCAGUGCUCAACGAAAUAAUUCAAUUGAUCAUGAAAAAACGCAAGUUAAUAUAUGUUCAGCAAUUAAUGAUCCAACAAAUUAUCGACCAUGUCGGUGUACUCAAUGUUUACCAAUUAAUACUCGUUCAUCUCCAUUCAUUCCAUUUCAUCGCCGUCCUCGUACAAGUCCACCUAUUAGUUCUGACCUAAAUAAUCGAAAUAAAAAUGAAUCAACUAAACUUCAAAAUACUACAGAAUCUAAUGAAAAUUCUGAUAUUAUUAUUGAAUCAACAUCAUCUCCAGUAGUAACAAUCAAUACACAAUCAACAACUAAUGAAAAACCAAUUGAUUGGAUUGCAACUACACCGAAUAGUAUUGGUAUUUCAGGUCCACCCUCUGUUCUUGCACCAAUUACAAAUCUAAGUUCAACAUCAGCAAGUUCUCCUGCACCUAAUUUAACAUCAUUACGCGGUAUUAAACGUUCAGCUACAGAAGCAUUUGAUGAUACAACUAUCGAUGAUGAUGAUCGAGAACAACAUAAACAAACAUAUGAUUUUUAUCGAACUGAUUCAUUUUUACAAUUACCAUUAAAACGUUUUCGAAAUGAUGGACAAUCAACUUUAAAUACUCUUGAAUCGGUAACAGUAAUAACAUCAACUCCUGAACAUGUUUAUCAACAUGGUCAACCUACGCCUCCUAGUCCAAGUCAAUUAAUAUUUCGUGCUACAAAUGAUUACGAUGAAAAUGAAGAAUCAACAUCACGAAUAAAUUAUUCAUCUACAACAUCGAAUAGAAUUUCUAUAAAUCCAUCAUCAUUUUAUACAACAGAUGGACCAUCAAUGGCUGAUCUUGAUACUAUACUCGAUUCACAAGAUACAACAGAUAAUAAAAAUACAAAUUCAAAUACUACUUCUGAUAAUAAUAAUAAUGUUAAAUCACCUAGUCGAAAAGAAAAUAUACUUCCGCCACCAGUACCACCUGUUCCAACUAUAUUGAUAAAUAAUGGAAGUAUAUUUCCAUUUAAUAAAUCAUUUAAUGGAGUUCUUCACGAAAUGGAAUUAAUCUAUAAUACACCACCAGGUUCAUCAUCAUCUGAAAAACUUCAAACAUUACAUUCACCAUAUGGAAUUAUGGCUGAUACUGCUAGUCAUGUAGCCAAUACAUUUGAUACACUUAAUCAAUUUGGUCAAGAAUCAAUACUUGUACCAUUUGAAUCAAAUACUAUAGCUGAACAAUCAGUUUAUUAUCCAUUGAAUAAAGUUAGUCUAGAAAAAUCUAUAGAACGUUAUGAACCUUCAAAAUCUUUAUCGAUAAAAACAUCAAUACGUAAUAAAGAAUUUCGACAUUGGAAACAAACAAUUCUUCUUAAUGAUAUUUCUUCAAGUCCAUUUAAUAAUCAACAAAUGCAUCGACAACAAACAACACCACGUUCAAUGUCAACACCAACACAUUAUUCACCAAUGCGUUCAAAUGAUUUACAAUCAUCACCAUAUCCUCCAAAUCGUUCUAUUGGUAGUGUUCAAACAAUAAAUAGUCCAACAGGAAAUCUUUCAUUAUCAACAGCAAUACCGGAAAUUGAUUCUUUAAUAUUUAAUGUUUUACUUAAUGAUAGUAUUUUAAAUUUUUAUCGUGAUAUUAAUUUUGAUUCAUGUGUUUUAUGUGCAUGUAAAUCAAAUGAUUUAUCUAUACAUGGUAUUGAUUCAAUGAUAUAUUUAGAAAAAUCUCGUGAACAAAAUAAAGCAAUACAUUCACAAAGUUAUUCUCAUCAACCAUCACCAUAUCAACCUCAUUCAACAUUAUAUCCUCAACAACAACAAACAAAUUCAUCUAUGAAUAAUUCAUGUUCAUGUGGUUUUUCUGCUGUUAUUAAUUUACGUUUAAGUUAUUUAUCGGGUUUAUUCUAUGAAGAUGAAAGCGAAAUAACAGGAAUUAAAGCUGAUGUUAAAUAUCGUUUAACAAAUGAUCAUUUAUCAGUUAAUUUAUUAGAAUUAAUUGAACGAAAAGAAUGUUUAUCAUCUCCAUUUGAUUGUUUUAAUAAUCAAAAUAUUAUACAAAAAACUAAUACUCAAGAUAUUCUACAAUUAUUAAAACAACCAUUUUAUCAACGUAAGUUAGAAUAUUUAAGAGGGUCUGAGUGUAGGUGCGUCUGUCUUGUAUGA